GAAGAAGAUAUCGUGAACGUUUUCAGAAACCUGAAGCACCUGUCGAACAGCAUUCAGCCGGUUAUCCUGAAGCCUUUUUUUGAAACAACAAUUUGGAGCGUAAUAAAAAACUACCAAUCUACUAAGGACUCUUCCGUAUUGAUCAAAAUAUUAGAUUUUCUAAAAAAUGUCCUCGAGGAGUCAAACAUUCAAGAAACCAACAAAACGACGAUCGCUCAAGUUUUGACCGCCAUUGUUUUUGUCACAGAUGCCGAGUCUGAGUUGUUUGAUGCUUUGAUGAAAACACUGACAUCUGCGCCUACUAAAAUUUUUGAAGCUCUCAUAAACUUGAAGACGAACUCUGGCGAAGAUUGGGUGGAAAAAGUAACGAAGCUCAGAUGCUUUCUCGCCAAGAAUACCGUUAUAUCUCCUUUAAGCUGGAUGGAUGAAGUGAUAGAUGUAACUAGUCAAAAAGAGAGGUCCCCUCGACUCUGGAAAGACAUUGGAUCAGUGUUCAAGUGCCAUGUCGGUAAUUCUGAGGAAUGCGCCUUGUGGCUUCUGCAUUUGAUUGGCCAGAUCCAAGCGAAGGUUGCCGAUAGAUGCGACCAGCGUCAGGUGGUUUACUAUUUCGACAUUUUCAUACUGGCAGUGGUACUCUUUUCGGGUUACGAUGCCUUCGCUAAGGAACUGGAAGCAGAUAACGGUCCGAGGUUGAGGGAGCUGUUUCCACAAGCUUUUGUAGCUUUGCUUCGCGAUGACGGCUGGAAUGUGUGCUUAGUGCAGGCGUUAGAGUGGUUUUCCCAUAUGAAUUCAGAAGCCAGUGUUCCAGAGCAGUAUAGAAUAUUGUUUGGAUUGUCUUUGAGGGCACUAAGACAUGAAACAGAAUUUAUGAAGAAUUCCAGGUGGAUGAAAUACUUGAGCUGUGUAACCAGUUUUUAAUACAGUUUUUUAUAUAAA